AUGCCUGUCGGCCAGCCUGCUCUCCGAUGUGGAUUGUCAAGUUUCACAUCAUCACCCCACAUCAAACAGCACAGGAAGUACUGCAUGUACAUAUGUCAGAAACAAAGACAGUACAGUCAGUUCUACAAGAUGAUCCGACUAUGUUGGUUCAUGCUGUUGCUCUCUCUUUUCGCCAAUGCAAAAGUGUACAAAGAGUCUGGCGAGAGUAUCACGUUGGAAUGUUCCUCUGCAGGAUGUCCUAGGAGCAUUGAAGGGUAUACUGGCAUGUAUUUGUAUCAUGAAUUUAAGGAACUGGAUGAGGUGCUUUACUAUCACUCUAUGCCAGGAAAAGCUGACAAAAUCACCCCACGACUGAGAUACAAAGGCAGGACUCAGACAAAAGGACCUUUGAAGAACAACACCAUUACCAUCAGCAACCUGACCGUGGAUGAUACUGGCUUAUACCGCUGUGUCUUCUUCAAAUUUCCCAGUGAUUAUGUUCAUUGCAAAGUCUACACACUUUUUGUAGGAGGAGCUGAUAUGACUGCACCAGAUCACCAGAUCCUACCUGCAGGUGGAAUCAAUGAGAGUGGCGUUGUCUGCAAACCGUGUGAUAUCCUGCAGCAUCCUGCUUCAGGAAUGCCUUGUGCUUCUACCAGUAAGAAAAGUCCACCUCUGGUGUUAAUCAUCAUUGCCACCAUCGCCAGCAGCACGCUGGUAACUGUGAUCUUCAUCCUGCUGAUCCUCCCAAGGGUGAAACAAUGGACUAGCAACAGAAGAAGAAGAGAACGGGUCCCGCAGGUCUCCAAUGAUUAUGUGUAUGAAGUUAUGACCAAGAACGGCUUUUGCUCUCUUGCAGCUUCAGAGCAGUCACCGCCAAGUCCAUAUAAUUUCGCUUAGCAUUGUAACAUCAAAUGUUAUUGCCGUGAUGAGGGUAGAUUUACUUUUUAAUUGUUUGUUGCUUGAUGGAAUGUUUCAAGUGAUUUAAAUCAUCAUAAAUGAGACAAAAAGUAAAAUACGUAGUUUAUAUGUUUAACAGCUAAACACUCCUAAAAGUGUUUCAUUGUUGUGAAAGUAUCACCUGAAAGUGUGCUUAUUGUACCUGUUAGAAAAAUGAAUAUGAAUCUGGGGCAGAUAUUUUUGAGAUUUGUGUCGGACGAUGUGAGUCAUGACACGUGGGCCCAAACCACAUACUCAACACAAUGAGGGGGAUGGGAUAUAUGUGAUGGUUGUUUGCAAGUUACAGGGUAAAGUUCUCAUAUAUCUUAAAUCUAAUAUAAUCCAUAUAUCCAUAAAGGAGUUAAUAGUUUCAUAUAUUGUAAAUCAGUUUUAUGUUGAUAAUUGUUUUUGUGUAUCACUGUAAAGCAAUGAAUAAUGUGUUUCAUAUUUUGUAUUUUGCAUUUAUAGUUUCCGAUCAAACAAUGCUACUGAAUAUGAUGCAACAUUUGUAUGUGGACUUAAACUUCAGACUGAUAUUUGUAAAGCAGUGUCUAAAUUAAAUAACAGCUUCUUGAGUUUUAUCUGCACAUGUGAUAUUCAAGAGUGCAUAUGGGUGUACAAACAAAUGUAGAAUAUUCAAUAAAAGCUUAAG